AUGGUGUACCUGGACGGUCCACAGGUUUACGCGUGCGCCCAAUGUCGCACGCAUUUGACCAGUCACGACGACAUCAUCUCUAAGAGCUUCCACGGUCGUCACGGUCGCGCGUAUCUAUUUGACCAAUGCGUCAAUGUUCGCAACGGGCCGUCACAAGAACGUUGGCUCAUGACCGGGAUGCACCAAGUCUGUGAUAUUUUUUGCAAGCGCUGCGAUAGCAUGGUUGGAUGGACCUAUUUGAAAGCGUUUGAAGCUUCCCAGAAGUACAAGGAAGGCAAAUACAUUAUCGAAAAGAUU